AAUGGGGAAUUGCACAACCUGUGAUGAUCCAAAUAUAUACGAAUCUCGUAAUGAACUCAAACCAACAAAGAAGGUACCUGAUAAUCAAGAAAAUAUGAGUGUUAAACCAAAAUUAUCACAAUCCUCUCAAUUAACUUAACAUAUUAGAUCUAAUCUCAAAACUCUAAGUUCUAUGCCUGAUUUCUCUAAUUCAUUCACAUAAGAAGCAUUAAAUAGAGUUGGUCCUUAUUAAUAUGAUGAUCCAACUGAGGAUAUAUUUGCUCUACCUUAUUCUGGAGUAUUGGAAAUUGAAACAAAUGUGUACUAUGAAGGACAAUGGAAGAAUGGAAUGAGAUAAGGAAGAGGCAAAUAGCAUUGGGCUGAUGGUUCAAUUUAUGAAGGUUAUUUUGCAUCAGAUAUGGCUAACGGAAAAGGCAGAUUGAUUCAUGCUGAUGGAGAUGUUUAUAUUGGAGAGUGGUUAAAUGACAAAGCUCAUGGCAAAGGAACUUAUUAUCAUAAAGAUGGAGCAUCAUAUGUAGGAGAGUGGUUUGAAGAUAAAUAACAUGGUUUUGGAGUUGAAAAAUGGGCUGAUGGAGCCAUGUAUGAAGGUGAUUAUGAUAUGGGUUUAAAACAUGGAAUUGGUACAUUUACAUGGAGUGAUGGUAGUACUUAUACUGGUGAGUUUGCUUUUAAUAAUAUUCAUGGUAAAGGAGUUUAUAAAUGGGCAGAUUUUAGAGAGUAUACUGGAGAUUGGAAAGACAAUAAAAUGGAUGGAAAUGGUAUUUUUACAUGGAAGGAUGGUAGAAAAUAUAAAGGAUAAUAUUUUGAUGAUAAGAAACAUGGUUUUGGAGAAUUCUUUUGGCCAGAUGGAAGAAUGUAUAAAGGUUUUUGGAAAGAUGGAUAAUAACAUGGUAAAGGAGUAUAUAGAGGUAGUAAUGGUGUUGAAAGAGAAGGAGAAUGGGAAGAUGGAAAAAAGAUAAGAUGGUUAGAUGAAUGA